CCCGGGUCCAAGGAAGGGCUGAGAUCUCGGAUCUGUCCUCCCAGAAAUGCAGUGAACACCAUGUUUGGUCGUAUUUGAACUCAAAGGAGAAGCAGGAAAUUGUAUCUAACGACCAUGUCCGAGACAGCGAAGAGGCGAGUCCAGGCCAUCGGUAACCAGCUCGCUGGGAGCAGCAGCAUCCCGACCAUCGUCAAAGUCGCCCCAGCCGGACCGAGGGUCGCCGGCAAAGUGAUCAUCAUCACCGGCGCAAACUCAAUCCUUGGCAUCGGCCGCGCAGCCGCUCACCAGUUUGCAGAGCACGGGGCCAAGGCCGUCUACCUCUGCGACUACGACGGCACCCAUCUCGAGGCGCACAAGCGCGAGAUCAACGCCCUGUGGCCACAGGUUGAUGUCCACACGCGCCAAUUCGACGCCGCCGACGAGAAGGCGGUCAAGGAGAUGGUCGACGACGCCGUCAAGCGGUACGGCCGACUCGAUGUCUUCUUCGCCAACGCCGGCGUCGUCGGCCCACACGCACUAUUCGGCGACAUUGACGCCGCCGACUUUAUGGAUGUCCUACGGGUGAACUCUCUGAGCGUCUUCCUCGCCGCCAAACACGCCGCCCCCGCGAUGCAACUCACCUCCCCCUCCAAGUCCCAUCCGUCGGGCAGCAUCAUCGCGACCGCCUCGGUCGCCGGCCUGCGGUCCAACGCGGGCAGCACCCCCUACUCGGCCUCCAAGGCGGCCGUCAUCUCCAUGGUGCAGACGACCGCCUACCAGCUGGCGGGCUCGGGCGUGCGGGUCAACGCGCUCUGCCCGGGCCUGAUCGAGACGGGCAUGACGGCAGCCGUGUUCGACGCGGCGCGGGCGCGCGGCACCCAGGGCAAGAUCGGGCAGCUCAACCCGCUCAAGCGGGCCGGCCACGCCGACGAAAUCGCGCGCGUGGCGCUCUUUCUGGGGAGUGAGGAGAGCAGCUAUGUGAACGGUCAGGCGUGGGCGGUCGAUGGCGGUUUGAGUGCCGGGCAUCCGUACGUGCAGGGACGGUUGGGUUGAUUUGUGGACGACGGGUUGGGUAGUCGGUAAAAGUGCCGUCUACGAGUGCUGGGGUAUGCUAUGGCUUGCUAUAUUGUGGGAGACAGAUCAAUCUACUGUACUCCGUAUGUAUCAAUGAAGACCUUAGCUCCUCAGAAGUGAAUUUGGCCAUCUGCUCGAGGGAACCUGCAAUGUCGGUGUACUGAGGAAGGUUAGGUAGGGGUUUGUUUCCUCGUCGAGCUACGGCGUUCUGGCGAAUCCGCCUCGCAAUGCUGUACAGUAUCAAGGCGUCUUGGACCGAUCAUCAGCAAAUAUUGAGCGGCAGGAACAAAAAAUCAGGC